AUGGAGGUCCGGAGCAAGUUCGACCUCAGCAAGUUCUGGGGCGUGUACUACGAGAUCGCGUACCACGACAGCACGCAGCCUCGUCGGUGGCCUAUCAAGGCCUCCUGCCAGCGCUCUGUCAAGUCCCCGCACCCGGGAGAUGAGAAGAACUACAAGGACCUCUUCUCUUUGAACGUCGGCCUUGGAGGAGGGGUCAAUGCGGUCUGUGAUCUCGAGUUCAACAUCACGAACCAGCCGGGGGUGUUCCUUGGGCACUGGUCGGGCCAUUCCUUCUUCAACCCGAACCUAACGGACAUCGCGAAUACUGUGGUGGACGUUGGUGUGGCCGUCAACGGCACCUACAACUGGACUCUUGAGUUCCAGUGCAAGAACGAUGACAACCCCGAGCGGGGCAUCAGAUUUGCGGCUGUGAACUUCUACCACCGAAACCCCUUGAUCGACGAGAAGGACUUGGGGGGGCCCUGA